GACACGGGACCACAUCAAAUGGCGCUAAUUGGGUAGGUUACUUGACAGCGAUGUACAACAAGACAUCGGUGCUGAAUUAUAACCUCGCUGUGUACGGUGCCACUGUAAACAACUCAGUCGUUGGUAACGUCGCUGGGGAUCUCGUAUAUCAAAUUUCCCACAAAUUUACAGAUCAUUAUUGUUUCAAUUCAACUGCACAAUCAAAUCCAAUAUGGACUAGCGAGGCAUCUUUGUUUGCAAUCUGGAUUGGUAUCAAUGACGCGCAGGUCAGCUACCUAGACCCUAGUCCAUAUAAGAUUGUGCCCUUUGUCGUCAGGAGUUAUUUCAUCCUGCUCCAUGACUUGUACACGUGCGGGGCACGCAACAUACUAGUCAUCAACGUGCCACCAAUCAGCCGUACACCAUAUAUGUUGUCACUGAGACCGUGGCAGAGAAAAAUUAAUCAAAAAUUUGUUGAUGCUCUGAAUCACGAAAUAGAAGCUAUGGCUGUGGAUUGGCGGAAGAGUCAUUCCGAUGCUUUCCUGGAAGUCUAUGAUGUAUGGUCAUUUAUGACCAUGAUCCUGGACCGGCCUCGUAGCUACGGGUUCAUGGAUAAUCGUUGUUCGGGGGAGAGAUGCAUCUGGUGGGACGAUUAUCACCCUAGUUCUGCGUUCCAUCGACUUCUGGCUGCUAAUAUCCAAGUGAAACUUUCCCAUGAUUAUGGAGAAACAGCUGUGAAAUAUAAUUUGGAGUGUAUUCGGUCAGAAACAUGA